GAUCGUGCAUGACGUAAGUAAUUAGAGAUAUAAUUGCAAUCAUUUAUUAGAUAGGGUGUAACGAGAACGAGGUAGAGCGAGAGUGAUCGUGAGUGAGACAACGUUGAGAACUGUGAUUUUGUAUAAUUUCUUUUAUGAUUAAAUAUUAUCAACCGUGACUUGUCGAGAACUACUGUUUCGGAGGCGACAUUCUCGAUACGUGGCACCUCUCCGACGGGAUACUGUACCGCCAGUAACUAAACGAAAUGUCGAACGAGGAGAAAUUAGAGACGAAGCUAACGCAGUUGAAGAUAGCCGUGGGAAGAACGCAAGCCAUCCUCGACUCAGGUAAGCGAGUAGCAAUUAGGCGGCACCUUGAUGCGUUACAAACUAUUGCGAAGGAGACGAACAAUUGCAAACGCGCAGUCGAAGCAGAAAAAAUCGCCAAUAAAGAGGACCUAACGAAAAUAGACGAGUGGAAUAGCGAGAUUGACGACAAAUUUGAACUAGCUGACGAGGCUACUGCACAACUUGAGACAUGGUUAACCGAGGCGAAACGCGCAGAGAAGUUUGUAGCGCAAGAGGAGCAACUUAAAAACGAACUAAGGUUGCAUGAGAAAAAGUUGGAAAUGCAGGCUAGGAAACAAACCGAAUCUGAGGAAUGCGAAAAAUCCGCCGCAAAACCAAACGCUAAAUUGCCAAAACUUGUUAUGACGAAAUUCGAUGGGUCGUACAUGAAUUGGCCCAAGUUCUGGGGACAAUUCACUGAAGCGAUAGACAAAAGCGCCGUCGCACCGAUUACGAAGUUUACCUAUCUGUUAGAACUGCUCGAACCAAAAGUAAAGCGUUGUGUUGAGGCCCUUCCUUUCGGCCCCGAGGGCUAUAACCGAGCAAAAUCCAUCUUAGUUGAUAAAUAUGGCAAGGAAUCUGAAAUAGUCAAGUGUUAUAUUAAAGAGAUUUUAGACCUGCCUCAGAUCUCGGGUGCCAACCCUCGGAAAAUUGCGGAAUUUUAUGAAAAGCUUGCUCAUUGCGUUCAAGCUCUAGAGACAAUGGGCAAGCUCAGCGAAAUCAACGGGAAUGUGUCUAUGACGCUAGAUAAGUUAUAUGGUAUACGGGGGGACCUCGUACGCACUGACCCAGCCUGGGAGUCCUGGACUUUCGCAAAUCUAACCGAAGCCUUGAAGCAAUGGGUUAAACGAAACCCCGCCGCCAAUAUCGAUAAGGAACGCGAAGAGCACGCCAGGAAAAAACUCUAUAACGCUCGCAGCGAGGAAUUCAGACCCCGAGGUUGCGUCUAUUGCGGGGACCUAGGCCACAAGGCAGUCCAGUGCGAAAAAAUUAAAGAUGUAACUGAGCGGAAGCGUAUAUUAGCGAAAAAGGGCCUAUGUUUUAACUGUGCAAUGAAAACUCACCGUGCUUCGGAAUGUACCAGCAAAACUGCCUGCAGCCACUGUCAAAGGCGUCAUCACACUUCAAUAUGUGACCAAAAGAAUGAUAGGCAUGAAGACAAUCCUAAUGAUAAGAAUGCGAAGUUGAUGACAGACGGACAAAGUGGAGAGGGCAUUUUUCCUGUGGUGACAGUAAACGUAAACAGUGUAAUGUGUCGAGCGCUGAUUGAUUCCGGUGCAGGGAGCUGCUACGCGUCCGCUAAAUUGAUUAACGCCCUAAAUAUAAAACCACGCGAAAUAAGACGUCAACGCAUAGAUAUGCUAAUGACCACCCAAACCGCGAGAAUGGAACUCUAUGACGCAAAAGUGAGCUCGGUCGACGGGAGUUACGAAAUGGACGUCCAAUUGACCAAAGUCGAUAAAGGCGAACUCUUAUCAAUCAGUAACCCGAACUACGAUAAGUUAAUACAACGUUAUAGACACCUAGAAUUAGCCAAGAUUGACGACAACGAUACGAAGAGACAUCUCCCAAUACAUCUCAUACUCGGGAGUGGAGAAUACGCUCGAAUCAAAACCUGUACGAAACCCCUCAUUGGAAAAGACGGAGAACCUGUCGCAGAGAAAACCAAGCUCGGCUGGUUUGUGAUGAGUCCUGGGAUCGAGAUUGACAAGAACACGAUGCUGAUGACGCAAACAUCACAGGCAGACUUUGAACGGCUUUGUCGAAUGGAUGUCCUGGGACUUGAGGAUACCUCAGAGAACGAUCAAGAUACAGUUUACGAAGAUUUUAAGGAAAACCUUGUGCGAAAUCCAGAAGGCUGGUACGAGACAAAUCUACCAUGGAAACCCAGUCAUCCAAACCUACCAUCCAACGAGACGGGGAGUCAGCGAAGACUCAAAAGUCUGGUGAAACGACUCGAACGGAACGGAAACUAUAAGCAAUACAACGAUAUAAUCCAAGAUCAACUCGAACAGGGGAUAAUCGAACCAGCGCCAUUGGAAGUGACUGGGAAGGAAUUCUACAUCCCGCACAAGGGAAUUACAAAACAAUCGGCGGAAACUACAAAGCUGCGCAUUGUAUACGACGCUUCUGCAAGUGAAUCAAAUACUCAGCCUUCUCUGAAUGACUGUUUGAACCCGGGCCCUCCGUUACAAAACCUUCUAUGGAGCAUUCUCGUUCGAGCGCGAUUUUACCCUAUACUCCUGACCGGCGACCUAGAAAAGGCAUUCCUUCAAGUCCGAGUGAAACAGUCGGAACGAGACGCGUUGAGAUUUCACUGGAGAGCUCCGGGAACCGAAGCAGUUGUCGUGUAUAGAUUUACGAGAGCAUUAUUCGGACUUACGUGUUCCCCCUUUCUACUCGGUGGCGUGCUCAACGAACAUCUGAAAUCGUGGGAAACAAGGUACCCAAACCUGGUUAGCGAAAUACGGAAGGGACUCUAUGUAGAUGACCUGAUUACUGGAGGUGUUGAUACCGAAGAAGCGAGAGAGAAAAGGAUUAAAGCAAUUGAAGUGUUUGACGAUGCAAGGUUCACACUCCAUAAGUGGCAUUCCAACUCGCCGGAGCUCGAAGAGAAACAACAACAAAUCGCGAAACACGACGUCCGCGCGGAAGAAACGACGUUUGCCAAACAACGUUUAGGAGCUGGAAUGUUCGGGACGAAGUUGCUCGGUCUGCCGUGGAAUAAGAAACAAGAUCUACUCAGCGUGGUAACCAGCAAGGAACAUCCAGCCACAACCAAGAGAGGUGCUCUGUCCCAGCUAGCAAAGGUGUACGACCCUCUCGGCCUAGUCUCACCUACAACCCUACCCGGAAAGCUCCUUUACCGAGAAAUGUGUGAAUCGAACCUGGCUUGGGAUGGAGAAUUCCCUCAACCCUUGCAGAGACGGUGGAACGACUGGUAUUUGCGAUUCCCAGAAGUUUACGAGAUCCCGAGGACCUUAACCCCUUAUCACCAGCCCAUCUUGUCGGUGAACCUUCACGCCUUUGGUGAUGCGAGUAAGCAAGGAGUAGCAGCUGCCGUAUACGCAGUUGUCGAACAGGAAGGAGGAACAACGCAAGGGCUCGUGUGCUCGAAAUCUAGAAUUGCGAAGAGAAGUCUCACCAUCCCUCGCUUAGAACUCGUAGCGGGACAUAUGGCUGGAAACUUGGUUAGUAGUGUGGAAACAGCGCUUGGGAGAGAGACAGUGACCGAGAUACAUUGCUGGUUAGACUCCACAGUGGCUCUCUAUUGGAUCAAUGGCCAGGGGGAAUAUCGCCAGUUUGUAUCCAACCGCGUGAAAAAGAUUCGUGAGCAUGAACGUCUCGAAUGGCAUCAUGUACCGACACUUCAGAACCCGGCGGAUCUGGGGAGUCGAGGAGGGAACGUAGUAGGUAACGAGCUGUGGCAGAACGGCCCUGAAUGGUUGAGUGACAAGUCGAAAUGGCCCCCGAAAGUCAUCCUUCACGCCAGUCCGGAAGCUAACGAAGAAGUCAAGACCACGCCAACCAUCAAUGCACUCAACAUCAUAUGUUCCAACGCAGAGAACGACGCUUUUGACGGGUUGAUGGAAAAGUUUCCCUUGCGGAAAACACUGAGAAUUUGUGCAUGGGUACACAGAUUCACACAAAACUGUCGGGUGGAAUCGGGAAGUCGAGAGUUCGGGCCGCUAAAUAGGGAAGAAAUCGAAAAACGUACGCAGUGGUGGAUAAAGCGUGUACAAGAGAAGGCACUGAUAAAUGGUCCCGAGACUGAAAGAGCAAUGGUUGAGCUGAAUCUUCAACCCGAUCAAAGUGGGAUCCUAGAGUGUCGAGGGAGGAUUGAAGGCGAGUAUCCGAUAUACUUGCCUACGAAAGCGGUAUUCACGAGGAAGCUGGUGGAGCGAGCUCAUAUUGCCACACUCCAUGGCGGAGUAUUGGCAACGAUGGCUGAAAUACGCGAGAGGUAUUGGGUCCCGAAAUUACGGCGAUUGGUGAAACAAGUACGAAGUAAGUGUCAUGGUUGUGUAAGGUUCAGGUCGCGAGCCUACCAAAGACCACCCCCGGGCCGAUUACCACCGACGCGGACUCAAGGCACAACCCCCUUUCAAGUGCUGGGAGUGGACUUCGCCGGUCCCAUCCGUUACAAGACCAAGGCUAAAGCCGAAAAGAAAUCGUAUUUAGUGCUCUACGCGUGUAGUCUAACGAGAGCCGUCCAUCUCGAAUUACUGAAGUCUCUUGAGGUAGUCGAGUUCAUCCCGAGUUUGAAGCGACUAAUCGCGAGAAGGGGGCGACCCCAAGUCAUCUACUCGGACAAUGCGACAACUUUCAAAGCAGCGGAGAAAUGGCUUAAACAAGCUCGGAAGGACGAAAGAUUUCAUGCGUUUCUCGCAGAUAAAGAAAUCAGUUGGAGGUUCAAUUUGAGUCGGGCCCCAUGGUGGGGAGGACAAUUUGAACGUUUGAUCGGUAUUUUUAAGCGGAGUUUCUACAAAAGCAUUGGAAACGGAAAUUUGAUCUGGGACGAAUUGUGCGACGUUAUCUUGGACAUCGAAGUAGCGAUGAAUAAUAGACCACUUGGUUAUUUAGAAGACGAUGUGGAACACCCGGUACUUACUCCAAACAAGCUGCUACAAAUUAACCCAAGUGUUGUACCCGAGGUUCAACCCCACCACCUUGAGAGUAUAGACCUUCGCAAACGAGCCAAACAGCUCCGAAGAUGCAAGGAGUCGAUGUGGCAGCGCUGGACACGGGAAUAUGUACGUGGUUUACGUAAACGGCAUCGCCAAGGCAAGGCUAACAAAAGCCUACAUCCGGAAGUCGGAGACGCGGUAAUUAUUCAGGACGAAGCGAAGAACCGGAAUCAUUGGAAGAUGGGAAUCGUUGAGGAGUUAAUCAGCGGACGAGAUGGAAUUGUACGGGGAGCAAAAGUUCGGACAGCUAUCAGCAAACUCGAAAGAGCCAUUCAGCACCUUUACCCGUUAGAAUUGUCGGUGGAAGAGAAAAAGUGGAUACCCAACCCCGAAGCACCCGCCUUUACUCAACGGCCCAAGAGAGAUGCUGCAGCGGCAGCAACCCUGCGAAACGAGCAGCAAGCACAAAGGAACAGGGACACGAGUUCAGACAAUGAAUAGACACGCUUAUCUUAAUCUCAUUAAAUUUAGUUUUGUUAACAGGUAGUCGAAAGGACGAUGAACCCACGACGAUGUCAGUCUCUUCAGAACAUAUAACUCUAGCUCGAGCUAUAUGGGGGAGUGUGUCGGAGACAGACAGGAUAGAUAAGUACAUUAUUAUAAGCAAAGUUACAAUUAUUACCAUUUAAGGCCAUGUUAUUCAAGGAUCGUGCAUGACGUAAGUAAUUAGAGAUAUAAUUGCAAUCAUUUAUUAGAUAGGGUGUAACGAGAACGAGGUAGAGCGAGAGUGAUCGUGAGUGAGACAACGUUGAGAACUGUGAUUUUGUAUAAUUUCUUUUAUGAUUAAAUAUUAUCAACCGUGACUUGUCGAGAACUACUGUUUCGGAGGCGACAUUCUCGAUAGU